UCCGAUGAUGGAAAAGAGGUGGGACCAGGUCGUGCAGUUCUUGCACACUCUCCAGAAUGUAUGUCUGAGUAUUUUUUAAUGGAAAAUUAGGAACUUAAAGCGCAGCUUACAGUGCACUGUGCUCUCGCCCUUUCCAAACCAUCCAAAUAUCCAGUCACAUGCUCAAGCGGACACUAAUUUGUUUAUCCAACAAGGGGCAUGUCACGAGACACAAAGUACACUGCCUUAUUACGUGUCGUAGUUGCUAUUGGAUUUAAUGACCAGUAAUAAAACUCCUUGUUGGUUGCAAGAUGAACAUUUGAAAUAUUAACGUACUUAUUAAGGUGCUUGUUCAUUAACAUAUUACUCGGUAGUUGCUUAUCAGUGAACGAGCACACCGGACCGACAUAGAACAAUGACAUUCGAAGAGGCUUAUAAUGUCAUAUGAAAGCUGGUGAUACUUAGUGUAACAGUGAAAGAGACUACUCUUUUAAUUACGUUUCAACGACCUUUACGCGACCGUAUACGGCUUGUUUUAAAAGGCCUAAGAAGGCAGUCAUUUGUCUCUUGUAUUUGUUAUUUUUGCCCUCACAAAAAAUAGAUAUAAUUGAGACCAAAUCAAACUGUGACAAAAGAAUUAAGUAGGUGUUAUUGAAUUAUUAAAAAAUAAAAUACUCUCGAGAUCGCCAAGGAGACGCUCUGUCCUGUCACACGGAUUUUUCUGUGUAGGUAACUUUUAUUUAUAAUGUCGUCGUCUGCAUCGUUUACCCUAUCGUCAUCGCAAUCACUUUGACACGUAAUAAGUGCCGUUCGACUACCGUACGGCACUUGCCACACAUUCAGUCCAUCAGAACCAUCAUGAUGACGAGCAAUGCGGCGAUAAUCAGUGUAUUAUGUUGCGUGGCAGCCCUUAUAAGUGGGAGCGAGACGACGAUAGGAGACGAAACAGUGCACCGAUAUCGGCGGCAGCUUUUGUAUCCUAAUAGCACUUUGUUUCAAGUCAACAUAGGCGUGGGAACCCCAACGCCAAUAAAGACCAUAAACGUGAACUGGGCUAUCCAGGCCAACUUCCAGCUGCCCUGGAACCGCUCCCAGAUUCCUGUGGAUAUCCUGUGGGCCAACUCUGGAUAUGACGUUGAGGUAUCCAGGAAGAAGAGAGAGUUGGAGGGAUAUUACGAAAAUGAUGCGAAGUUGUACCACUUUUAUAAAUAUGUUGAAGAUGCGUUGAAUAAUUUCGGCCACAAUGGAACCGCCUGCGUGCUGAAAACUCUGUGCCAGCUGGGAGCUGAUCCACUCCACACGGACCACGAGGACGAUUUGCUGCAUGAGAUAACCAGCUACGUACUCAAUCCUUUAAACGACAUCGCAGAGCACCCAUGCCAUGAGGCAUCCCCAUACGUGCAAGCGUUCGAGCACGGCCAGAACCUUCGAGACUGUUCCAGAAUAUUUCAGUGCACUUCUAUUUCACUCCUCGAUAUGUUUACUAAAGUGUUUGAUUCUCCAUAACAGCGACCUACGGCUAGUUGUCCUACUGAAGCGCCUAUAGUGUCCUGUCACGACUAAGGUUGAUAUGUCAGGAUUUUUGGUCUUUUGUCAGGAUUGCAGGCGGACUUGGCGAGCAUCAGGGUUAUUAGAAAAUCAAUUAAAUAAUAGAAUCUAUUAGCUACAAGUUUAAUUAAAUUAUUCUCACUGCACUGGUUUGUCAACCAAAAAGAGAGGGUACGAACAAUACACCUGCCGCUCGGACCGAUUUUUAACCUUAAAGUUUUCCUGGCAAAAAAAAAAACUUAUGCUUAAUCAGUUUUAUAGGUUUUUAAAAACUUUGAGACACAGACGCCUAAGAUACGUCGGAAGCUUUGGAGAAAUGAUUUUCCACUUUCUUCUCAAUUUCGUGUACGGGAAAUGUCAGGAUUUUAAAGGUCAUGUCCGGAGUUUAUCCAUCUUUUCAGGUAACAACCCUAGUCGCGACUCAUAUUCAUAUUUAUCAACAGUGUAGUCUGACUUGAGGCUCUAAUUACUAUACAAAAUUAAAACAUUAUUUUGUUAAUCCGCGAAAGAAUAACUUGCUAGUUAAUUAGUGCAAAUCCGUUGUACGUACUUGCGUAUUUACUCCUCUACUUGCGCCUAUCGGGAACUUCAUAAUGUGUAUCUUAACUUUGUCAUAAUCGAUAGAAAUAGAAAUAGGAGGUAUUCGAGAUACGAGUAUUCAAAAUUCAAAGACUUAUUUUGUAAGUAGAUCUCAAGGGC